GGCGGGGGAGCGCGCUCGGCGAUCGGCUGGCGCUGCCGCGGGCGGGGUCGCGGCGGGCGCGCGGCGCGGGCGCGGCGGCGGGAGCGGCGGCGAUGGCGGAGCCGGCGGAGAAGCUGUACCGGGCCGAGUAUGCCAAGAGCGGCCGCGCCUCCUGCAAGAAGUGCGGCGAGAGCAUCGCCAAGGACUCGCUGCGCCUGGCGCUCAUGGUGCAGUCACCCAUGUUUGAUGGCAAAGUCCCUCACUGGCACCACUACAGCUGCUUCUGGAAGCGGGCUCGAAUUGUGUCCCAUACAGACAUUGAUGGCUUCCCUGAGCUUCGGUGGGAAGAUCAGGAGAAAAUCAAGAAAUCCAUUGAAACUGGAGGCCCUGGAGGAGGAAAAGGAGGGGAACAGGAAGGAGGUGGUAAGGCUGAGAAGAGUCUAAAUGACUUUGCUGCUGAAUAUGCCAAGUCUAACAGAAGUACUUGCAAAGGCUGUGAGCAGAAAAUAGAAAAGGGCCAGAUCCGAAUUUCCAAGAAGAUGGUGCAUCCUGAAAAGCCGCAGCUGGGAAUGAUAGAUAACUGGUACCACCCGGACUGCUUUGUGAGCCGCCGAGCAGAGCUGGGCUUUCUCCCAGCCUACGGGGCCACCCAGCUCCUGGGUUUCAGCAUCUUGAAAGCUGAAGAUAAAGAAACUCUGAAGAAGCAGCUCCCAGCUACCAAGAGUGAAGGAAAGAGAAAAGGAGAAGAGGUAGAUGGAAACGUGACUGCAAAAAAGAAGCAGAAAAAAGAAAAAGAGAAAGAGUCAAAGCAGCAAAAACAGCUGAAGGAGCAGACAGAGCUGAUCUGGGGCAUCAAAGAUGAGCUGAGGAAGGUCUGCUCCACCAAUGACCUGAAAGAGCUGCUGAUUGCCAACAAGCAGGAGGUCCCCUCAGGGGAGAAUGCUAUCUUGGACCGAGUAGCAGAUGGGAUGGCGUUUGGAGCUCUGCUGCCCUGCGAGGAGUGCAAGGGACAGUUUGUGUUCAAGAGUGAUGCUUAUUACUGUUCAGGAGAUAUCACUGCCUGGACCAAGUGUGUUGCUAAAACACAGACUCCCAACAGAAAAGACUGGGUAAUCCCAAAGGAGUUCCGGGAAAUUCCUUACCUGAAGAAAUUUAAAUGUAAGAAGCAGGACAGGGUGUUCCCUCCGGAUGCUGCAACUGUGAACUCGGCACCUCCUCCCUCUGCAUCUGCUCCUUUGUCAGAGACCAUGUCUGCACCCAGAGACAAACCACUGACCAACAUGAAGAUCCUGGUUGUUGGGAAGCUGUCAAAGAACAAGGAGGAGGUGAAAGGCAUUGUGGAGGACCUGGGAGGAAAGAUGACGACAACAGCUAACAAAGCCACCCUGUGCAUCAGCACCCAGAAGGAUGUGGAGAAAAUGAGCAAGAAGAUGGAAGAAGUGAAGGAGGCCAAAGUCCGUGUGGUCUCAGAGGCAUUUCUUCAGGAUGUGAAAUCUUCCAGCAAGGACUUCCAGGAUCUGGUGUCUCUCCAUGCUCUUUCACCUUGGGGUGCAGAGGUGAAAAUGGAGCACGAGGAAAUGGCUGUGGAUGGGAAGAUCAGCAAGCCCCCAAGUACAAAGAGCGCUGGGAAGGUCAAAGAAGAACAAGGACCUAGCAAAUCUGAAAAGAAAAUGAAGUUAACAGUGAAGGGUGGAGCAGCAGUAGACCCUGAUUCUGGUUUGGAGGAUUCUGCUCAUGUUUUUGAAAAAGGUGGGAAAAUUUUCAGUGCAACCCUGGGACUAGUAGAUAUUGUGAAAGGAACAAAUUCCUAUUAUAAACUGCAGCUGCUAGAGGAUGACAGAGAGAACAGAUACUGGGUGUUCCGAUCCUGGGGCCGUGUAGGCACUGUAAUUGGCAGUAACAAGCUGGAGCAGAUGCCAUCAAAAGAAGAUGCCAUUGAACACUUCCUGAAUUUGUAUGAAGAGAAAACUGGCAAUUCUUGGCAUUCAAAGAACUUCACUAAAUAUCCAAAAAAAUUCUACCCACUGGAAAUAGAUUACGGACAGGAUGAAGAAGCUGUCAGGAAACUGACAGUAGGUGCCGGGACAAAAUCAAAACUUGCUAAGCCAAUCCAAGAUCUUAUUAAGAUGAUCUUUGAUGUGGAGAGCAUGAAGAAAGCAAUGGUGGAAUUUGAGAUUGACUUGCAGAAGAUGCCAUUGGGAAAACUGAGCAAGCGACAGAUCCAGAGUGCAUAUUCCAUCCUGAAUGAGGUUCAGCAGGCAGUUUCUGACAGUGGUUCAGAAUCCCAGAUUUUGGACCUCUCCAACCGCUUCUAUACACUGAUUCCUCAUGACUUUGGGAUGAAGAAACCACCUCUCCUAAAUAACUUGGAAUACAUUCAGGCUAAAGUGCAGAUGCUGGACAACUUGCUUGAUAUUGAGGUUGCUUACAGCCUUCUCAGAGGUGGAAAUGAAGAUGGAGAUAAAGACCCAAUUGACAUCAACUAUGAAAAACUUAAAACAGAUAUUAAGGUUGUUGACAAAGAUUCAGAAGAAGCUAAGAUUAUCAAACAAUAUGUGAAGAACACUCACGCUGCUACGCACAACGCAUAUGACCUCAAAGUCGUGGAUAUCUUCAGGAUUGAGCGUGAGGGGGAGAGCCAGCGUUACAAGCCCUUCAAGCAGCUCCACAACCGCCAGCUGCUGUGGCACGGCUCCCGCACCACCAACUUCGCCGGGAUCCUCUCGCAGGGUCUGCGGAUAGCUCCGCCUGAAGCUCCUGUGACCGGCUACAUGUUCGGAAAGGGCAUCUAUUUUGCAGACAUGGUAUCCAAGAGUGCAAACUACUGUCACACAUCUCAAGCUGAUCCCAUAGGUUUAGUACUACUGGGAGAAGUUGCCCUUGGAAAUAUGUAUGAACUAAAGAAUGCUUCCCACAUCACAAAAUUGCCCAAGGGAAAACACAGUGUCAAAGGCUUGGGCAAAACUGCGCCUGAUCCCACAGCCACUACCACCCUUGGUGGUGUAGAGGUUCCCUUAGGGAAUGGGAUCUCCACAGGAAUUAAUGAUACCUGUCUUCUGUAUAAUGAAUAUAUUGUGUAUGAUGUUGCUCAGGUAAAUCUGAAGUACCUGUUGAAACUGAAAUUCAACUAUAAGACAUCACUCUGGUGAACAGUAUUUAGAAGCCCUGUUAGAGUUAUACUGUAGUUACACUAUAGCGUUGACUUCUGACAUGCUUAUGCAUUGACUUCUCUUACCAAGAUAUCAAGAGCUAAACUGCAGAAGAAAUUACUAAAUCCUAUUUAGUACAACACUUAGUGAAAGUUUUAUAUAAAAAGUGUGGCAAUACAUGGACCUGAAUCCUGAUGAGAACGAGUUCUUGGUUUUGUUUUAUACCACUUCUAAUUCUGGUGCUUUAAGUGUUUCUUUUAAUUGACCAAACUGACAAGAAAGAAAAAAGGAAAUUAAUCUGUUGUUCUUAGCCAAACAGAGCGGAGCAAAACAGAGCUAAGCAAGAGCAGAAGGAACUUGAACAUGUUUGUGAUACUUGCUCUGUUAGGGUUCCCCCUUGUUUAAGACACUCUUUUUCAGUUUUCACUUGAUUAAACAAUAAAUGUGCAUUUAUUUUGAGGUAAAAAAAAAAUAAAAGCUAAUUUCAUACUAACAGCUUUAUGUUUCAAAACUUCCAAAUUGUUUUGGUUUUGAGUCAUAAUUUAAAUGUAUUUGGUAGAAUGUUCUUAAACAUGGUAUCUCUCUCGAGGAUCUAAUGCCAAAUAUUGAAAUCUGUAGUCAUGUUUCAGGAAGUUAUGGUGAAAUUAAAAUUUGGACUUUCCACUGAGACUUUAUCUGUCAACAGUUGGUGUGGUAAACAUGGAAAAUGAGCUUGUGGCUGUUUGAAUUUAGUAUUAGCCCAAAUAAACCUCCUUUAAAUACCUACAUUCAA